AUGACGCACGAGGAUGGAUUCUUCGCCUCCCAGCUCCUGCCCAGCAGCGUCAAAACGACUUCCCUUGUUGACUGCCUACGAGCCAAUAUUCAGCCCUCCGAUGCCGAAGCCCACCAACUGCGCAUGGCGGUCUCUCGCUUCCCAGCUGAGGUUGAUGAAUAUGACAAGGAGAUCGCUCGCCUCCAGGCCAGCCUCGCACGCUUGACAGAGGAGCGUAGCCGGAUGCAAAUAUACUCGAAUGCGAGCGCCAGCAUCCUCUCUCCAAUCCGGUCCAUUCCAACCGAACUUUUGCUUGCUAUUCUCAGUGAAUGUGUCGACUUUGUGCCACGGAAGAAGUACACGGGACGGUGGACGAAGGACGGUCCUGAUAUCGACGACGCGUUGCACAUGUCCUGGAGGAUUCUAGGCACCGUCUGCUGCCAGUGGCGCACCGCCAUCAAGGGUGCGAUGCAGAUCUGGCGGGUCCUCGAUUUCUCCGCCGUCACAAUAAAUGACACCGGAAUCGCGAUAGACACCGCAGACCGUGCGAUGCGGGCGGCCAGAAACUCAUCGCUUGUCCUCCGACUCAGGCCUACGUUCUGCCGCGGCGCGCCCUACACUGUCUACGCUGGGUUCGGUCCGACGUUGAAGGCAGUGUCACACUUGUUGGCAUAUCCCGAGCGUUUAACGUCGCUGAAGCUCAUCGUCAACCACAACGAUUUAAAUGAAAUGCAAUACAGCUUCCGCAACAUUCUGUUCCAGCUGGAAGAGCUUGAGCUUGAGACGGUUCCUGAUGUCCAUCCCCACAAAAGCAGCGCACCGCGCAAUAUUUGGGCCCAUUGGAGGGUGUUUGAAUCUCUCCCCGCAUUGAAGACGUUCACUUUCACGGGUACUUUCACAACCACGCCCCCGCCAGUCCCGUGGGCCCAACUCACACAUGUCCACUUCAAGCUUGCGUCACGUGAGGCCCGCAAGCGGCUUGAUGAUGAAGACGGCCCAUUAUACUCGUUGUUCUCCUUCCUCGAGCAUUGUACGGAACACUGCACCGUCGUCAUAUCGGGCCUGGAAGAACGCCACGACCCCGAGUACGAACACUGGCCCACUCAGCCAACACUGCGGUCGGCCCUCCACGCCCUGCAUCUCCUCACUAGUACUAUCGACGGCGCCGGGAGAGGAGAACCCAUACGCAUCCUGCAGCUCUUAGACCUGCCCAAUGUAGCCGAAGUCCGGCUCGACGCUGGUGGGUACUACCGGGGCCAUCUGUGGAAUCCAGCAAUAUUCUCCGCCUUCGUGAACCGCUCGCCACUGCUAACCGCAUUGCACCUUCUCGGGGUUACAAUAGCGCCAAUGGACCUCAUUUCUGCCCUCCGCCAGACGCCCCUCCUGCAGCGGCUCUCCCUCGAGGAUCACGCGAAGUCACACAAAGGAUUAUUCGUGUUUUCGUUGGACAACGCGGCACUGCGGGUCCUUUCUGACACACCGUACAUCGCCCCUAGGCUUGCGGACCUCACGCUCGUAUCCUACUUCCAGUUCAGCGAGGCGCUGUUGGCCGAUUUGCUUGCGGUGCGCGCAACGCACAAUCGCCGUACGGGGCAGAACGCCGGCAGAACCCGGCACCCGUUCGUCUUUCGCGGCCAGCUCUUGCCUGUUCCUGCGAAUGUUGAGGACAGCAAGCUGGAAGACGGAACGGACCUUGAAUGGACAGCGAAGGAUGCAGCCGAGAUUUCCGACCUCCUCAUGGAGUCUGCGUGGAAGGAAGGGCUGCGUUUUGUCCUGGAAUGA